AUCUCUGUAUGAUUUAUAUAUUGCAUAUAUUGAAUAGUCUACAAUUAUGAAGGUUUAUGUGGUAACACUUCUACUCCGUCUAGUUUGUUUACAUCAACAUGGCGGAUUACAGUGACACUACUGAAGGCAGACGAAAAUGGUUUAUACCCUUAGAGAAAAAAAUCCUGACAGCUCUUAUUGAACAGCACAAAAACGUGGUAGAGAGUAAAAAGAGAGACGGAGCAUCCAAUCGUGAAAAAGAACAAGUGUGGGAGGUAAUUGCUGCACAGUUUUCAGCUCAUCCUUCAACUCAGCCAAGGAGCAGCCGGGAGCUAAGACGCUGCUGGGAAAAUAUGAAAGCUAGAGCCAAAAAGGCAUUGGAAAGUGAUAGAACAGCCAGAGAUGGCUCCGGAGAAAAUCGUUCAGUUCCAAGUGCUGUUACCCCUGAAGUAGAGGCAGUUCUCAAUGUUCUCAAUCCAUGUAUGCUGGAUAAUAUUUCUACCUCAUUUGAUGAAAAGACUGGUGAACCCAUUUUAGAUGGAGAUGUUAAGAAUGUGAAUUCAGAAAGUAUGGUCAGUGAAAUGUUAAUGCCAGAGACAUCUACAAAUACAAGUGUGAGAAUGGAUGGAUUUCAGACAAACCAACAACCUGCUGCCCCUGAGGCACCUCAGAAUUGUGAUUUAACAACCUAUUAUGAAAAACCAUCAUCAGACAUGAACCCAAAUAUUGGCCCUUCUAGAAGAACCAGGAAACAAAAGAUGGAUCAGUUAUGUGAUCAAGAUAUUCUUCUAGCUCAGAUGCAGAUGCAGCAAGCCCAACUUUCCAUUGAAAAUUUACGUUUAGAACGAAAAACUUUACAAGAACGAUACCAACAGCAACGAGAAGCUCAUGAGUGGCAAAGAGCACAGCAUGAAGCUAAUCUUAAUCUAGCAAUGUUACAAAUCAAGUUCUGGGAAAAGAAAACUGGUUAUGGCGAUAUGGAAACUUGAGCUUAAGUAUAUCAUAGCAUUAUAAUUCAAAUGCAUCAUAGCCAAUAUUAAUUUUAUAGAUUAUACUGUCGGUGAUCUUUCGUACGACAGCAGUUGCAGUUUGCUGUAUUAUUCUUUAGAAUAAUUACAACACUGCAUUUUUAUAUCUUGAUUUGCAGUGUGUGGUAAGUGUUUGUACUUUAUAGCCAUGAUUAAUGAACUAAUCAGGA